CUAAACAAAUGGCGGUUCAUUUGUGGGAACAGAAUCUCAUCUCGAUGAAAAUCAUAAUCGAGUUGCUGUUUGGUAGUCCACCUCCAGCCAGAUGUACUUCAAGUAGAUUGGAGUAGUGACGAUGAAGAAAUUGUUGAAGUACCUCAAGUAGAUUGGAGUAGUGAUGAUGCAGAGAUUGUGGAAGUGGAGUGGUCAGAUUCAGAGGACAGUCGUAAAGUCCCACAGUCAGAUUCCGAGGUGAAUGUGGCAUAUACGGAUUCUGAAAAUGAUUACUCGGGUUUUGCUGAUCAUCAAACUGUAUUUGCCCCACCUAACAACCAAAAGGAUGUCAACAAUUAUAUUCUAAGUGAAGCAAGGUCCGGUAGAGGCAUGAAAAAAAAGGCCUUAAAUAUAUUAAGUAUGAAGGCAGCUUUGAAAACAAAAUGCGUCUGUGGGAAUGAGUGUUGUAUGAAGUUGAGCAUUGAGUCGGUAAGAGACAUUCGGGAGAAGUUUUGGCACAAUUCAAGAUCAACUAGGAUGUCAUUAUUGAAAGUGUUUUUUGAACAAUCUAAAAAAAGGGAAAAUAUAGAUACUUUUCUGUAGUGUCAAGAAAACAUAAAUUUAGAUUGUGCUCAAAAGUAUUUCUUUCGGCUCUAAAAAUUAACAAAAACACUCAUACUAAUGCUUCGAAAAUGUGUGAUGAUUAUUUGGAUGCCCCAUCUGGAAAGUCUCCACGCAGCUGGGAUAGGAGCACACGCCUACUAAUUGCAUGGCUUGAAAAAUACUUCACUUUUCAUGGUGAGAGGAUGCCAAACAGAUAUGAAAUCCUUCUACCAUAUGGAACAGUCCAAAGGGAAAUUUAUGAACAAUAUAAAAAGUAUGUUGAAAAUCCGGUGUGCAAUAGCCAGUUUUAUAAAAAGUGGAAGGAGAAUUUUAAGUUUGUAAAGGCUAAAAAGACAAAUACAUGGAGCUUUACCAGAUGUACAACAUGUGUGACAUUGGAAAGGCAGCUCACGAAAACCACAUGUACAGAAAUGCGGGCAUUCUAUAGACAAAAGAAAGAAGAACAUAACCUUCGUCAGAUGUUUGAGAGGAAAACCUAUUACAGUAAGCGUGAACUGGCUCAACAAAGCCCUAGGCAGCACAUGUCCAUUAUUAUUGAUGGCAUGGAUCAAGCAAAGACCAAUUUGCCCCAUUUUGCUGGAAGAAAUCCAAAGAACCUUAAUCCAGUGGAUUUAUUACAUACACACGUAACAGAAGUGUUGAGUCACGGACAUGGCAGCUUUCAUGCAUAUGUGGACAUAGGAGAAUAUCCCCAUGAUCCAAAUUUGACAAUAAACAUUAUUCUGAAAGAGUUACUGCGCCAGGCAAAGGAAUCUAACAAUUUUCUCCCACCAAUACUAUACAUACAAGCAGACAACUGUUGGCGAGAGAACAAAAACAGAUACGUGUUUUCAUUCCUUCAAUUGCUGGUUUCUGAACGGAUUUUCAAUGAGGUGCACAUGUCCUUUUUAAUUGUCGGCCACACUCAUGAAGACAUUGAUGCACGAUUUAGUAUGAUUUCUAGGACGUUGGGUUCAAAAGACGCAGAAAUCUUUGAAGACUUACUAAAAAUUUUACAAAGUGCUGAAAGAGUGACCAAAAUAUUCGAUGUAAAAAAAUGGCUAGAACCAAAUCUUAAUGUAGCUCAACACGCAACUCAGCCACUCCAUUAUAAAUUUGUUAAUGUUGAGGGCAUCGUUAAUUUUUUUUAUAAGGAUUACCAACACCAGCCCUGGACUCCACUCGUUGGACAUUUCCUACAAAAAGUUCCUGAAGGAGUACCAGAAUUGUAGCUCCAGAUUUUUCGAAGAUCGAAAUAGAAAAAAAAAUCAAAAUAUUGAUGCCAUUAGGCUGCUUCUCAAGCAAGAAAACUACAAAAAAUGGAAAGAAUUUUAUGAAACAUUAAUGGUAAACGAAGAUGCAAGUGAAUUUCCCCUUCCGCUUCUACCUAAACAGCCGAUUGAGACCACAAUUCCAAAAGGUGCUGGCUUAGUGCCAGAAGUUAGGGAACUUCUGGAAAAAGAAAAUCGUCAGCC